UAAACUAGUAACGCGUGUCGCUUUCCAAAUUCAAACGAGCGUUCUAUUUCAAAGUAUUUGCACAUGUUUUCCGAUUAUGAAAUUUGAAUUGGUUGUCUAACGAAUUAGAAGAGGAAGGAAAUACUACUUGGCCGUGUUCGAGCAAUUCUAGUGAUAUUAGUCGAACGAAAGAAUUAGUAGGGAUUCGCGGAGGAUAGCAGGGAUUUUGUAUCGUGCGCGCGCAUCCGCUGGCACAACGUGAGACAGAGGUAGAGAAGCAGCGAGCAAGAGAGCAGUGCAGAAACGGAAUCAGAUGUGGUGAAGUCCGUGAGUUGACAGGUCGUGGGGUGCACGAGUACAGGCGUUUCGAAGUGGCGGAGGCGGAGGAGGUUCAGGGGAAAGGAUUGUUUUCUGUGUGAGCGAGAACGUGUCGACGGUACGAGUCUCCGGGACGGGUUCGUCGUUGGCGAUGAUGAAAUGAUCCUCUAGCCCGAAGAUUUUUGGCCUGGUCCGCACGGACAAAGAGGAAGACGAUUCGUAUACCGCUGCUGUUCGAGGGAUCGUACGCUCGUUCAUCCGUAGAAAACAUCGUUAAACGCUGACGUCGCGGAAUUCGCCUCUCGUGUCGUUUUCCUUCGUGGCGAGCGUCGAAGAUCCCAACGACUGACUAGCGAGCGUCGUGCGCGCGUGUCUUUGUUUUUUUUUCCUUCUCGGUGCUGAAUAAUUGCUCAGCACGGAAAAACAAAGUGUGUUAAUACCGGAGUGGUGAAAGACUAAGUUCCUCGUGUAUUCUACGGUGGUAAACAAUUCCGUAGCAGUCAGAGGCCCUUCCCGAUACGACGAUCGGAGCUCAGCUGAUUCAAGGACUUGCUGCGAAGGGCUCUGUUGCGUUAAUAGACGAUAAAUAUGUCGUCCCCCAGCGCUGGAAAACGACGUCGACGAGGAACAAACGCUGUGCGAUAUCCGACGGUGUUUCGCGACGAUGAGGGAUAUUUAACUCCUCGUUUCGUCGAUGACGGGACACACAGCUGUUUUUAACCAGCUGACUCUCCACGUCCGCUCGUUUGUGCGCAGCUUUAUCUCGUUCGUUAACGCACGGUCGCGCAGGUUCUCGAGAAUAGAAAGCAAGCAUGAGGUGACGAUACUAGGAGGAUUAAACGAAUUUUCCGUCAAAUUCUACGGUCCACGGGGCACACCUUACGAGGGCGGAAUAUGGAAGGUGAGGGUUCACUUGCCCGACCACUAUCCCUUCAAAUCUCCUUCGAUCGGCUUUAUGAACAAGGUGUACCACCCUAACAUUGACGAAGUCUCAGGCACGGUGUGUCUAGACGUAAUAAACCAGGCCUGGACUGCCCUUUACGAUUUAUCGAAUAUUUUCGAGUCUUUCCUGCCCCAACUGUUAACAUAUCCUAAUCCAAUUGACCCCCUAAAUGGCGACGCCGCGGCCAUGUAUUUACAUAAACCUGAGGAGUACAAGAAGAAAGUAGCAGAUUACGUGAGGAAAUACGCGACGGAGGAAGCGCUAAGGGACCAGGAGAACGGCGGUACCGGAAACGGGAUGUCGUCCGAUAGCGAGUCUUCGAUGAGCGACUUCAGCGAGGACGAGGCACAGGACAUGGAGUUGGUGCAGCCACGGGAUAAGGCUUCGACAAUAGUGUUGAAGACACUGACGAGUCUACGGUAUAAACGGCGUUUAAGUAACGAUCUAAAUGUCGGGACGAUCCAACCGCAGUUGAAGUCCGCCCGAUCGGCAAUGUUCGGCAGAAGGAAAGACGAGGGUGCGACGUUCUCAACGGAGUUGCGCCAGUAUUCGGAGAUGGACGUAGAUUUAAAUAACACGGGAGGAAGUAGAAGCGAUUUGGACGCCACCGUCUAAACGGACGUCGCUAAAUUUUUAUAAAUCCACCCCCCACCCCCCUCUUAUUUUAUAAAUCGUUUGGUGUGAAACCGCUCGAACGCUGAAAAUUUCGCAAUCGAAACGAGGAUGACUCCGACGAGGACGCUUUUAACUUCGCGUUUUACUUUUUACCGUUUGGCGAUUUUGAUACGAUAGAUAUUUUUUAGAGGCAGCUUUCACCAACACGCGUUCGUGCAAAUACACCGGGUACCAUGUGUUACCUCCACCGACGGCUCGUUUGUAAAAUCGGAUUUAUUUGGGGUGGAGAGAGAAGAGCGGGACGGAAUCGUAGAGGAAAUCGAAAAAUAAAUAUAUAAAUGAACGGCAUGUGUAAGGAGAAGGGUAGCGAUUGCGACGACUAAUUGCGAAACGAAUAAUAAUAGAAAAGUAUAACGAUCGAUGAUACGUGAACUUCGUGUAAACGUGAAAAACGAAUUUGUACAAAUCUUGGUGCACAAUAAUCUCUUUGUUUAGUUGUAACUUGCUUCAAAUUGAUCUCUCUCCUUUUGCGUGAUUUACGUGCAUGCAAUACGAUCAACUAUACGUACGAGUAUAGACGCCGGCGUUUUAGUGCCUUCUCAGGCAGGAAAUUGUGCCUUAUUAUAUGGGUCUCAGUAAAAGAAAAAAAGAAGAAAAAAAAAAACGAAAUUGUCUCAUUGGGUAAACAUCGGUGAAUACGACGAGCAUCAUUAACGAACGCAAUCAAAUCAAAUCAAUCGGGAAGAUUACGAAUUGAACGUAGCGUGUGAUUUUUAUUUUCGAAUAUAGGUGUAAUGUUAACGGAAAAAAUAAAACAAGAAAAAAUAAAUAAAUAGAAGACGACGAGAAUCGUCGAGCUGUCGAGACGAUCGUGUAUUUUUUCCGGAGUACGAUUCGUAAAACGCGAAUAAGAAUGAGAAAUACUUCCACCAAAAAAACAAGUUUGUAAGACAAAUUUCUCGUCUGUAUUUCGCGGUAGGUUCACUCCUUAAUUUUUAACGAAUGAAUUUAUUAUUAUCGUUCUAUUAUUAUUCAUACACGGGCGCGCCUAUCGUACCGCUCUUGCAAACACGUUUUCGCGCGCCUUGUUUCUUUCGUACGCUCGCGCGAAAAAUUAUGCUCGCUGUCGAAGAAUUCGCGUACCGCGUCGAGACACGCCCCAACGAAGAGGUUCAUUUUAUUUAUUGUACGUUUUUUAACCCCCGAUAUCAGGAGACGAACGAUGGUCUUGAAAAAAAAAAACUCGUAAUUACGAUAGCCGCGCCCCUGAAUUUUAAUCGAUAGAAUCUUUUUUUUUUCCUUUUUAUUUAAGGAAAAUCGACAUUCGCGCGAAGGCGGAUGCCGUUCAGAAUUUACAUUAUUUACGAUUAUUUAAGACGUACUUUCAUGGAUUUUUGGUAUGAUUCGCAGCGGGCUCUAUCCGUUGGUGAAGUGUAUAGCAAUAUGUAUUUACUAAUUAGAGAAAUGGUUAUUAAAAUGGAGUGAAACCAACAUCGGCGUUUGUAUGGCUUAUUGGGCAUCCCCGUGUGCCCCACGACGUCAUUCUCAGGCCAACUGUAACAAGCAUGUAAAAGUUUUGUUGUUACGUAUCGUUUCUUGUCACAUUUUAUUUCUUCUUUCCGUCUCUUUCUCCGUGGUGUCGUCCCGCCGUCAGCGACAGCCGCGCAUCUUUCGAGGUUUCGUGGCAUAGAACGGCACAGAGAAGAAAAACGAUGCGCGGAAAGACACAGCAAUUCGUUUAGAAAGCCUGUUUGUAAUUCUUAGCAAUAAUUCGCGGCAGUUUCUCUUAGUUUAUUAUCUGCGCCCCGUAUCUUUCCGUGAAACGUUCUCUUUAGUUCGAAGUUAAGUCGGUGCAGUAGCUUUAAUACGUUUCAUUAGGAUUCUUAGCGCGUCUCCAGGCAUUAUCACUUUUUAGACCUCGUCGUGAGCGAGGGAACCAAAA